UGCCGCUGCUGCCCUCGCGCUGGGAGCCGAGCCGGAGGGAAGGCGGUGGAGAGAUGAUUGCAGAGUUGGUGAGCAGCGCUCUGGGGCUUGCCUUGUAUCUCAACACCCUGAGUGCAGAUUUCUGCUAUGAUGACAGCCGUGCUAUCAAGACUAAUCAGGAUCUUCUCCCAGAAACUCCAUGGACACAUAUUUUCUACAAUGAUUUUUGGGGGACUCUUCUAACCCACAGUGGCAGCCACAAGUCCUACCGGCCACUCUGCACGCUCUCUUUCCGCCUGAACCACGCCAUUGGAGGGCUGAAUCCCUGGAGCUACCAUCUCGUCAAUGUUUUACUGCACGCGGCCGUCACUGGGGUCUUCACAAGCUUCUCUAAGACCCUCCUUGGCGAUGGAUACUGGACCUUCCUGGCCGGCCUCAUGUUUGCCUCGCAUCCCAUUCACACAGAGGCAGUGGCUGGAAUCGUGGGACGAGCCGACGUUGGGGCCGGUCUCUUCUUUCUCCUCUCUUUGAUUUGCUACAUUAAACACUGUUCAACCAGAGGCUACUCGGCCACGACUUGGGGCUGGUUCCUGGGGACAGGACUGUGCGCCGGAUGCAGCAUGUUGUGGAAGGAACAAGGAGUGACUGUUCUUGCCGUCUCAGCAGUUUAUGAUGUCUUUGUCUUUCACAGGCUGAAAAUGAAACAGAUCUUACCUGCCAUUUACAAAAGGAAGAACUUGUCUCUCUUUCUCAGCAUUAGUUUAUUAACAUUCUGGGGGACCUCCCUUUUGGGUGCCCGGUUAUACUGGAUGGGAAACAAACCACCAAGCUUUUCCAACUCGGACAACCCAGCUGCGGAUUCAGAUAGCCUCCUUGCCCGCACGCUCACCUUCUUCUACUUGCCAACCAAGAACCUCUGGCUGUUGCUAUGCCCAGAUACACUGAGUUUUGAUUGGUCGAUGGAUGCCGUGCCUCUGCUCAGAACAAUUUGUGAUUGGAGAAACCUACACACUGUGGCCUUCUAUACUGGACUCCUCCUCCUGGCCUACUACAGUCUGAAGAGCCCGAGCAUAGAAAGAGAAUGCAACGGGAAAGCUGUAACAAAUGGCAAACAGAAUGCAAAUGGACAUAGCUGCCUUUCAGAUGUGGAGUACCGGAACUCAGAGAUUAAGCCCAGCUUUGCAUCCAAAGUAGAAAAUGGCAUUAAAAAUAAUGUAUCCCAGAGAACACAACUUCCUUCUACUGAGAACAUUGUUAUUCUGUCUUUAUCUUUGUUAAUAAUACCCUUUGUUCCUGCCACAAACUUGUUUUUCUAUGUCGGCUUUGUAAUUGCAGAGCGAGUAUUAUAUAUUCCUAGUAUGGGCUUCUGCCUUCUGAUUACAGUGGGUGCCAGAGCCCUUUAUGUCAAAGUCCAAAAGCGGUUUCUCAAGAGCUUGAUUUUUUAUGCGACAGCAACAUUAAUUGUUUUCUAUGGACUCAAGACUGCCAUCAGGAAUGGGGACUGGCAAAACGAGGAAAUGCUGUAUAGGUCAGGGAUAAAAGUAAACCCAGCUAAAGCAUGGGGUAACCUUGGAAAUGUUCUGAAGAGUCAGAGCAAAAUUUCUGAAGCUGAAAGCGCCUAUAGAAAUGCUUUGUACUACCGCAGCAACAUGGCUGACAUGCUUUACAACUUAGGGCUACUUCUACAAGAGAACAGCAGGUUUGCCGAAGCACUCCAUUAUUACAAAUUGGCCAUUGCAAGUAGGCCUACUCUUGCAUCUGCAUAUUUGAACACCGGCAUUAUUCUUAUGAACCAAGGAAAGACAGAAGAAGCCCGACGUACGUUCCUGAAGUGCUCUGAAAUCCCCGAUGAAAACCUGAAGGACCCUCACGCACACAAGAGCUCUGUUACCAGCUGCCUUUACAACCUGGGGAAACUCUACCAUGAGCAGGGACGUUAUGAGGAAGCCCUCAGUGUUUACAAGGAAGCAAUUCAGAAAAUGCCAAGGCAGUUUGCCCCGCAGAGCCUGUACAACAUGAUGGGUGAAGCGUACAUGCGAUUAAGCAAGCUCCCUGAAGCUGAGCAUUGGUACAUGGAAUCUCUGAGAUCGAAGACUGACCACAUCCCUGCUCAUCUCACCUAUGGGAAACUGCUAGCUCUAACAGGUCGUAAGAGUGAGGCUGAAAAGUUCUUCCUGAAGGCUAUUGAGCUGGACCCCACCAAAGGAAACUGUUACAUGCAUUAUGGUCAGUUUCUUCUGGAGGAAGGUCGCCUCAUAGAAGCGGCUGAGAUGGCAAAAAGAGCAGCUGAACUGGACAGCUUGGAGUUUGAUGUUGUCUUUAAUGCUGCCCAUAUGCUCAGACAGGCUAGCCUCAAUGAAGCAGCUGAGAAGUACUACGACCUGGCAGCCAGGCUAAGGCCUAAUUACCCGGCCGCGCUGAUGAACUUGGGCGCCAUCCUGCAUCUCAAUGGCAGACUGCGCCAGGCCGAGGCCAACUACCUGCGGGCACUGCAGCUCAAGCCGGACGACGUCAUCACUCAGUCCAACCUCCGCAAACUCUGGAACAUCAUGGAGAAGCAAGGCUUGAAGACGUCCAAGACCUGACCCCGGCCUCAAAGACCCGUCCUCCUCUAAUUCCUAAAAGCUGGCUUCGUUAACAGGCAGAACUGCUCAGCAGUACUGUGAUAAGAGCUCGUUUUGGAUGUCAGGACCAGGGGCAGAGGUCAUUCAGGUCGCUGCCACUGUGAGAGAAUCCACUUUGCUGUUGACACAGCUGUUAACACCAAAAAGGGGGAUGUUGGAAACCUCCUGGAGGAUGUAACUGUGACCCAUAGACUAAAAACCAGAGCACUUAACACACAGUCUUUCUGACAUUCUUAAAAGGGAGGGGUGGGUGUCUACAUUACAGAUUUGGUUCAUUUUUAAAGUUAAUCUCAAAAUUGUAUUUUUCUUUAAACACUGUGAGAGAAAGUCAGAGUGUCCAUUCAGCCACAGGAAACUAGAAGGUAGAGUGUUAAUAGGGAGUGAUUACAGCGUAGCAUGAAACCCAGUGAGCCUCCGGCUGUCCUAUCGCUGCUGCCUUCCUUCUUGGACAGCCUGCUUACCAAUUCCUGAAGCUUAGAAAAACUUUUUUUUUUUUUUUAAAGUAUUGUAUCAAGAUCUAUCAGAAUCUUCAGCUGUUUCCUCACUAGUGCAUAUAAGGUUUUAUGAUUUGCGUGUUCCCGUCUUCAUUCUUUUAAACAUCGCUUGUUUCUCUUGUUCUGGAAAGGAUACAGAAAGAGUCCAGCCAACCAUUCUUCACACUUGUUUUGUGAGAGCGACUAGGGAGGCCUUAAAUGUGUCAGGAAGGUAUUUUUAAAUUUUAAUGAUGCCACUAUUUCCCCCCAAACUGCUUAGUAGAAUUCAUUGUAUUCUUUUGAAAUGACCUUUUAAAAUGGCUAUUCCUGGUUAAUGUGCAUGCUUGCCUGUGAUAAAGGAGAGGGAAGUUUCUAUAUGCUUCUUUUCCAGUAACUAAUCAAUAGCUAUUAGACAAAGGGGAAGGUGCAUUGUGCUUCCCAGAUGUUGCUGGUUAAAAAAAUCAAGUCUCCACAAAGUAGAGAAUGAGAUUGGUUGCCACCGAUUUGGUGUUUUAGGAACAGUUGGUAUGAAAUUCUAAUCACUUUCUAAUAGGUAUUUAAACAGUAAUGCAAACAAGUUUUCAAGGAAUUUUUUUUUUCUUUCUGAAGACAUCAACAAUAACGUAUUUUUAGCUGCAUUAGAGUGUAGAAUUAGCCCACAUGUCACUAGGUCUUCUCCCAAGUGCUUUUCUCAGUUGGAAACUAUUUUUCACUAGCAAAUUUGGUAUUUUAUUUCAUUACCUGAUAAGUAAUCACUUCAAUGAUCGUUUCACAAGGAAAAGACUAUAAAUGAGGUAGAGAAAAAACAUUUAUUGAACUGUUUUGGGCUUGCAGUCAAACUUUGCUACCAAAAAUUAACUUCAUGUAACACUACUCCAUCAUCAACUUCUUCGUAGACAAAGUACCUAAACUGUAUCUUACCUAUUUAUUUAUUUAUUGUUCUACCAUAGCAGAUUAACAGAACAAAACUUGAUGUGUGAAGAUAGUUCUUUGCAACUGAAAAUUACCUGUUUUUCCUUCUCUUUCACACUCAUGUAUGUAUAUGAUCAGCAUCCCCACUUAAGGGAAGCUGGACAUGCAAAUACAUCAUCUUCUGUUUUCUCCAUAGUUUAUAUGUUUUUCUAUGUAUCUGAAUAGAGUGGGAUGAAGAAUUUAAAGUGUAGUGCUCCUAUGGCAUUAGUGUUUUUGUGAGGAGGGCAAAUGUAGUGAAAGAUUUUUUGAUGGUAUUAAUAAGAAGGCCCUCCUAAUAUGUAUAUCACUUUGUAAACAUGUCAUUAAAGGGCCGAAAGUUAAAUUAUACCUAAAUCACUGUGUUUUCAGAAUGAUAUUUAACAAAAACAAACCCACGGUCAAACCAAACUAGUGGGUUGAAGUUAUUUUUCAUCUUCUAGUGCAUUGGCAAUUGAGAAAGAAAAAAAAAAAAGAAAUUUUAUAUAAGGCUAUAGAGUUUAAUUCAAUGUCUAACAUUUGUAUUUAUUUAAAUAGUUAUUGACCUAUGAUGAUUUCCUAGGCUUAACAUUGUAUGUCUUUUUGUUGUUACUGUUAUUCCUUUCAAAGACUUGGUUCUUAAUAGGUUCACUGAAUGCACAGUAGAGGCACUUCAUGUUGACCCAGUGCCCAAGUAGCAUUAAUAAUUGGGCCUGUGUCAUAAAAUGCAUGGAUCUUUAAUAACUAAAAUGUCCCUGACACUUUUCACUACAGGGCUGGACUUAGUAACUGACCAACUCGGGGGGUGGGGGUGGGUGGGAGGGGAGGUUAGGGAGGGGGCACAUUAGAAAAUGAUCAUAAAAAGUCUCCGCUCAGGGAUUUAUGGUGGAUUAUUGCAGACAGUGCUAAAAAUAUAGAGCACAAGACAAGUUUACUAAAUUAAAAUUUUAUUUUUCGAGAAACUGUUAUUUGUAUAAAUUAUCAAGAUUUGUAGGCUUUCCUUUUGUAGAAAUAAUUGUUUUUUGUGCCAGAGAAUUUCAAUUUUGUUUUCAGCAAUAAAGCAUUGAUAA